UCCAAGACCAGUAGAAAAUGGACAGAUCCCAGGUAUUAGUGUCAUUCAAGGAUGUGACUGUGGGCUUCACCCAGGAGGAGUGGCAGCACCUGGGCCCUGCUCAGAGGGCUCUGUACAGGGAUGUGACCCUGGAGAACUACAGCCACCUCGUCUCAGUGGGGUGUUGCGUUACCAAGCCAGAGGUGGUCUUCAAGUUGGAGCAAGGAGAGGAGCCAUGGAUAGGGGAGGAAGAGUCCCCAAGCCAGAGCCACCCAGAAUUCUGGAAAGUUGAUGACCUGAUGGAGAAGAGCCAGGAAAACCAAGACCAGCAUUUGUGGAAAGUUGAUUUUGUCACCAAUAAAACAUUGACUAAGGAGAGAAAUAGUGUAUUAGGAGAAACAUUUAGUGUGGACACAAACUCUGUUCCAAUGAGAAAAAUACCUGAUAAAUAUGACUCAUAUAUAAUGAAUUUGAAUAUUUCAGAAUUAAUCAUUAGUAAUAGAAACUCCUUUGUAAGGAAGCUUGAGUUCAGUGCACAUGAGAAGUUGCUUCUCUGUGCAAGGCAUGAGAAUCCUCAUGCCAGAGAGAAACCGUUUGAAUAUGAUAGAAAUGGGAAAGCCAUCAAUCAGAAUGAGGACCUAUUUCAGCAUCAGGACAUUCAAACUCUGAAGCAGUUUUUUGAGUAUAAUGAGCGUGGGAAAGCUUUCCACGAGGAGACAGCCUUCAUUACCCAAAAGAGAGCGUGCUCAUGGGAGAAGCCCUGUGAAUAUAAUGAACAUGAGAAAGCCUUUUCUGAUGAUUUGAACCUUCUUGUCCAUCAGAGAAUUCACACAAAGGAGAAUCACUAUGAAUUUAAUGACCGUGGGAGGAGGUCAGGACUGAAAGUUCAUCAGAGGAUACACACAGGACAGAAACCCUAUGAAUGUGUUGAAUGUAGGAAAGCCUUCAGAUAUAAGUCAGGCCUCACAGUACAUCAGAGAACACACACAGGCGAGAAACCCUAUGAAUGUGAUGAAUGUGGAAAAAAAUUCUGUGAGAAGUCAAAUCUCCGUGUACAUCAGAGAACUCACACAGGGGAGAAACCCUAUGAGUGUAAAGAAUGUGGAAAAACCUUUGUUUACAAUUCAUUCCUGAUGGUACAUCAAAGGAUACACACAGGUGUAAGACCCUAUGAAUGUAAUGAAUGUGGGAAAACAUUCUCCCAAAAGCCGAACUUUACUUAUCAUCAGAGAACUCAUACUGGAGAAAAACCUUAUGGAUGUAAGGAAUGUGGGAAAUCUUUCUCAGUGAAGUCAAAACUCACUGUGCAUCAGAGAACUCACACAGGGGAAAAACCCUUUGAAUGUAAUGAGUGUGAGAAAACCUUCUUCCAAAAGUCAUCUCUCAUAGUACAUCAGAGAACACACUCAGGGGAGAAACCAUAUGAAUGUAAUGAAUGUAGGAAAACUUUUUCCCAGAAGUCAUCCCUUACUGUACAUCAGAAAAGACACAAAAGGGAGAAACCAUAUAAAUGUAUUCAAUGCAGCAAAACAUUUAGUCAGACAUCAGCUCUUACUAAACAUCAAAGAACUCAUGCAGGAGAGAAACUAUAUACAUGUAAUGAAUGUGGUAAAACUUUCUUCCACAAGUCAUCCCUCACAGUACAUCAGAGAACCCACACCGGGGAGAAACCCUACAGGUGUAAUGAAUGUGGGAAAACCUUCCACCAGAAGUCGUGUCUCACAGCACAUCAGAAAACACACAGAAGGCAGAAAUCCUGUGAACCUACAAAUGUGGAAAAGCCUCUUAUCAGAAUUCACUAA